AUGGGUCUUCUACUAUUUAUCGGCUUCACAUUGAUACAAAGCCAUGAAGUCAAUUGCGUCGCCAUCGGCUCCAAUAUAACAUUUUCUUUUAAGCCGUGCAAACUGAACACACUCUACAAGAUCCAUCAUGAUCAUGUGGCCAUCCACAUCCCCUGCAAUUACAGUUAUCUUAUACCUGAUAAGUAUGAAGGAAGGGUCAGUGUGAAUGAAUCCACCGGACGGGUCACCAUAAGCAAUAUAACCAAGAGGGAUGGCGGCAUUUAUACUCUGGAAUACAGGAACGGCAAUGGGCUUAGAGAAUUAUACCGCGAUAUCGGAUAUGAGGUUCAUGAUCUUGUCUGGAUCAAGGAGCUAUCCCGGAACGACACAGGGACAACCAUAUCUUUUACUGUUGUCUGUGAUGGAGAACCGGAUGCAGUUAACUGGACCAUGGAUGGAGAAGACCUGAGAGACGGGAGCUGGCUGAGCCAUGAUAACCGGACACUCGCCGUUCCGAACAACAUCACUGCCCCGUUCACAGUUCAUGUUUCCAAUCUAGUCAGUGCGGACAGCAAAAAUAUUACUCUCAUAAACGAUCUCAAUGGAAAAUCCAAUCCUUUGGGGGUCGUCAUGUACCCGAACAUUACCAAAGUGAUAUGGGCCGAUGGAGGAGGCUGGCCCAGCAAUCAGACACUCAUUCUCUCGAGGAAUGUCACCAACCUCUAUGUCCUGACCCCGUCAGAGGUAACUAUACUUCUCCAGGACAGAGAGCGUAGAUUGAGAUUCAUCAUCAUCCUACCAAUCCUUUCCAUCUCACUUCUGGCGGUGAGUUACUAUUCUUCUGUAUCGUUAGGGUCUAGUCUAGGAAUGAUGAGAUGA